AUGAGUUCCGACCAGCAGACCCCUUUAUUCCCCUACGAAGGAAUCCGUGCAAUCAUUGUCUCUUGGUCAGAUGAUGAUUUGGAUCUCUAUUGCGAACUUGUUGAUAUCAACAAUGCAUUCGCUUUCCUCAACUUCACCCACCAUCGGAUGUAUUUCAUUCCAUCUCAAAACCCCUUCGACUCCCUGCUCGAGAAGAUUAACCACGAAAAGCCGAAUGCCGCGGCAGAGAACUCAUUGUUGGUUGUAUAUUAUGGAGAAGAUGGGCAGCUUCUGACUAACAGAAGACUGCACUUCACUGCAACCAGAGAAUCCCAGCACCCAAGUAUUGAUUGGACAUCGAUGCAGGCCAAUCUCGAAAGUGCCAACACUGACGUCCUGCUGCUCUUAGACUGUUGCCACGCAAGUGCUGCAGCUAGUUCGUUUGAGCAGAGUUAUGAAGAUGACCCUGAGCCAAGAAAACGGCUCGAGAUUCUGGCUGGCUGCGGAUAUGAUUCAGUUACUCGUGAGGCUGGAAGAUACAGCUUCACCAAAGCUCUGAUAGCAAAACUGAAUGAAAGAGGUAAGCUCGAGUGUGUGUUCUCUGUCGGACAGCUCUUCCAAUCUUUGCAUGCAAGAAUGCUCCGACAGCAUCCAUCUAACAUACCGGACAGCGAUGAUGAUAAGUACAAUAAAUGUUUUGUAGCACCUGUGUAUAUUCCUCGGUGCACUGACCCCAUUCACGUCAGUAUCCCGCUGAGGAAAUUGGAUUCACCGAAGAAGGAAGAUGCGAGUGAUCAACAAGAUCAUUCUGUGGAUAAUUGGCGCUACCCCUCACCCACUUCACCUUCGCCCACGGCUCCUAAACAUGCUGACUGGUAG